GUUAAUUCUUCCUUUUCUGUUAGUUACUCUUAGGCCACAUUUAGUCACAGUGCCUUAAAAUUUCGUCAUCAGUCAUCCGCGCUUUAAAAUAACGAUACAGUUUUCGUACAAUCGCUGCUGCGUUUUUCACGCUUUGCUUACUUCAUUCGACUUCGCUGACCUUUGAGUGAUUCAAUUCCAACUAUAUUAAUUCCUAAUCGACCUGCCCUUUUGACUGAAACUCCAAGGUCAAUCUCUUCGGUUUGCCAAUUAGCCGCAUUCGCAGUGAAUCAUUCGUCGUCGGUGUCGUCGUAGCAAAACCAAGCUAAUUCUGAAACCAAUAAAGCAGACAAACCAACAAACGAACGAAAAUGAUUUGCCGCAGUAGGAAGGAAGACUUGCUUCGCACGAUGAUGGUGCCAACCGUCAUUACUAUGUUCAUCGCCAUGUGGUCCUUGUCGACUGCAACUCAUUCGAAGAAUAGCACGGUCCACGAUUUUCCCCUGUGCAAACCAGGUCUAUUCGACUGUCAGGAGUCGGUUGCUAAGUGCGUUUCGGCCAGUUGGAUUUGUGAUGGAGAAGUGGAUUGCCUGGAGUCGGGUCUGGAUGAAAGACAGUCGUGCUGUGCCGAGGGUAAACAGUUCGAGUGUCUCGAGGAUGGGCUGUGUGUGGAUAUGAAGUACAGGUGUGACUCAUUCGCAGACUGCAGUGACUCAUCGGACGAGAGGGAGUGUAGUGACUGUGAGGCGAGAGGACUGUUCCAAUGCAAGAGUGAUAGAUGUAUCGAUCCAGUGUUCGUGUGCGACGAAGAUAAUGACUGCGGUGACUUCUCUGACGAGAUCAACUGCAACUCACGACAUCCGAAUGCAUUCACGUGUCAAAGUGGAGAGUUGAUGGUGACCUCUGACAAACUGUGCGAUGGCUUCAGCGACUGUGGAGACUUGUCGGAUGAAGUGGGAUGUGAACCUUGCGAGCCAUUCCACUUUCCAUGCCAGGACAACCUAGGUUGUGUGCUCGUGUUUGACCUCUGUGACGGAGAGCCGCAAUGCCUUGACGGCUCGGACGAAAUGUGGUGCGAAGAGUGUGCAAACAGUGGCGAUUUCAAGUGCAAAAAUGGAGAGUGCAUUUCCCGUGCAAAGGUGUGCGAUUACGUUGAUAAUUGCGGUGACAAAUCUGACGAGAACAUCUGCUCUUGCAAACCUGGAAACGACUUCAGAUGCACGUCGGGUAUCCGAAACCACCUGAAUGCUUCCAAUUUGCGGUGUAUCCCUGAUGAAUGGAUUUGUGAUGGCACUUACGACUGCAAAGAUGGCGAGGAUGAGAAGCCGGCGAUGUGUUUCCAGGAAGGUUCGGGUUCCGAGAAGAUCCACGAGUGUGAGUCGGAUGAGUUUGAGUGUUCAGACAAGCAUUGCAUCAAAACAAGCGAAGUGUGCGAUGGCAUUGAACAGUGCUUCAGGGGUGAAGAUGAAGUUGCAUGUCCUAAUAAUUGUCCACGGGGGAAGUACGAACUCUGCCUUACCACCGAUGAAUGUAUUUCUUACGACCAAUUCUGCGAUGGGAAGCAGGACUGUGCCGACAACCACGAUGAGUCAUACACUAACGGCUACUGCUUCUGUAGCGGGAUCCUAUGCGGUAACAAGUGCGUCCCGGUUGAAAAAAUUUGCGACUCCACUUGGGACUGUAAGCAUGGUGAAGAUGAAAUCGAAUGCACGAAAUGCCGAACUAAUUUACAAAGCACGAGUCACCUUAUGGACCAAACAGUGUUCGUAACAAGCUUGAUUAAAGAAACCUACACACAAAUGGAUAGCUUCCAAAUAUACUUUGCUGCUUUGGUUGAUAAGUUAACUUCUGCGUUCGGGGUUCAAGAUUCGCCUUUUCAUAUCGACGUUGAAGCUCAUGAUCCAGAUGCGCAGAAAUUAGUCGAGGAGGCACAGAAGUUUUUAAUCUCCAUUGUUUCUCAACGACAAGUUCUGAGUCAAUUUAUGUCUGUAAUGAUGGAGUUGAGAUUGACAGAUGAAACACUUCCUGUGUACAUUCGCUCUGAAACUCCAGCUAAACAAAAUGUCCCAAGACAGAAAAGGUACAUCAUCGAACGGACAGAAGCAAGCGAGGCUUACGACGAUUUGGUUAACCGUGUUAAAUACUUGAGAGAAAAAGCUACCGACUCAGUUCAGACGUUAAGCGCCAUAACUAAGAUGUUGCAUUACGAUUUCUCGACUUGUAAGGACCACGGAUACUUUGCCGGCAUGCAGAAUAAGAAGCGUUCCAUGCGUGAAGUCUUCACUGCACUUUCAAUGGUGCAAAAUGAUGUACCUCGUGAGAAAGUUCACGAGUUUAUCGAAAUGCUGUACAGUUUGGACGACCAAUUGAAACAACUGAUUGUUUCAGUUCAGAAAUUCGAUUAUGUAAUCGCGUCUUUGACUUUCCUAAUCGAUGAUGCAGGAUCGAAACUGCAGUCUAUGGUAACGGAAGAACUGAGUGUUCCGACUGACACGAAAAAGGAGGAAAAGCAAGGCAAGUUGCAGUACAGAUCCAGUUGGAAUAAUGAGAAACUUGAUAGAUAUCAUAAGAAGUAUAAUAAAGAAACACCAUACAAAGGAUAAUUUAUCAAACUAAGUAAUUUAUUGUUCA